CUCAUACAAACCUCAAGCGUAACUGGCCCAAGAAAGCACUAAACUUUUUACCAACCUUUUCUACUGCUGAACUUCACUAAUGUUGAGUUAGAGAAUACAAAGGCACUUUGGCUUAUUUGUUCAAGGGAAGAGGAGAAUGCUCAGUGCCUGCAGGAACAGUCAGUUCUUUGUUCAGUAGGAAAGAUCUGUCCUGGUUUUAUUCUCUUGUAGUUGAUUCCUUUUCAUAAAAUUAAACUGAACUGGACUGUGGGAGAAUAAGCAAGCUGCAGUGUAUCAGCAGUCAUCCAGGAUGCAAGUUCAGAGUGGGUGUUUUCAGUAACGUCUAAAGCAUUGCAGUCUAAAAGCAUGGAGCCUUAGUGUUAACAAGAGGUAUCAAAUACGUGAACUUAUUUGCUGUGGUGGAUUAUCACAGUGCUGUUUGAUACAGACCUGUAGCUCCUAAAAUAGUGAGAGGAGAUGGGAAAGGUAAGGGAGUUGCAGCAGGAGAAUCUAGAACACAGAAAGUGCACUGUGAAGGGGAUGAUCACACAAGAAUUGACAGUGUGCAGCUGGGGAGAGCAUCUGUUCCAAUGAUUGGUUCAAGCAGAGGAUACUCUGCAGGUUGAAAUGCAGAAGAAGCAACCAUCUAAUAAUACUUUAAAUCUGUCUCCUAUUGAUUCCCUCCCAGUUUUCCUGCCCAGUUUUCCAGUUUUCACACCUUCACAGAGUUCUGUGCUCCUGUUUAGAGGUCUGGUCAAGUGGGAUUGGGAAGGGGCGUCUUGUCAGGAGUGACAAGAUGUGAUUGAUUUUUGUGUCAGCAAAAAGAAAACUCAGAAUGAACCAGAUGCUGCACUAAAAAAAGCAGGGGCUUUAGGUUGACUUGCCACACCAGAAAACUGAAAAACACCUUGGUAAAGACGAGCUGUCCCUUCUGAGUGCUUUACAGCAGGCAGGAAGCUCUAAUGACACAGCUGAGACUUCACCUGUGGUGGUGGCACAGGAGAGAGGGCAAGGGAGUAUGAAAUUUUUCUUGCUAGGCUGCUGCUUCAUGAGGAAUAAGGCAUACUAGUGGAGAAGGCAAAUUGAGGCUCUUAGUCCCAGAGGCACUGAACUGAUUAAUUAGUGUAAAGUUUCAGAUAUGUCCUUUUACUUAAUGUUGCCUAUUUCCUGGAUUCACAUACUAUUUUCUCAUUGUUGUGAGUUUCAGCCUAAAUCUCCAACUUCCAUGUUAAUGUUUAUGAGUCUUGUCUCUCCCAUCCCCAGAAUUAGGAAUGUAGCCUUUCGGUGGAACAGUACGAAGUGUCUGAAUAUGAAGUCAUUUUCUGAAUGCUGUGCUAAUCAUUAAUGUGUGCUGCAAAGCAAUUCAAGUAUUAAUAAGAAUUCCACAGAACAUAAUACAGAGGAACUAGAAAAUUCUCUUGAGAAGAAGAAUUGAUGACAGUUUUUCCUUUCAUCCUGGCAAGGCUUCUUAUUUUAGUUGGUACUUUCUAAUUGCUAUCAGCAGUAUCAAAAGACACAAGGUUAUGUUAAAGAAGUUCCAGCCUUUGCCCAGAAAUCCGUAGAUGUCAUUCCAGCUGUGCCAUAUUCAGAGUUAAUUGGAUGACCCAGUUUUUAUCCUGAAACACUGUAUGAACUUAGAGACUGUAUCAGUACAUCUUACAGUUGCUUGAAGAACACAUCUAUGAUCUUAGGUAGAAAAAAGCUGGAGGCCACAACACAGUGUUGGAAGUACACUAGCUGCUAAUCACUAAAAAGAGAGGUGACCAGGGGAAUGGGAAAUCACACCACAACCAUAAGAGCCAGAUGUUUCCAUUUUAGUUAAAUUCCCUCCAUAAAAGGUUGUUAUGAGGAUGGUUUGAAGGACAGUGUUCAUCGUUCUCUUUAUUGCAAUAAAGCAUCAUCCCAUUUCUUUCCAUGUUCCAUCCUGUUUGAAGUAAAUCAACUGAGUAAAUGAGGUAUUCAGGAAACUCUCCUAAGUUCUCUUUACAAACUAAAUCAGGCUGUAAGUUUUGAAUUUCUGUUUCAUUCAUCAUGUGCUUGAGAUCUCCUCAUGUUCUUGUUAAUAAUUCAGCCUUCAGCUAUUCCAGGUUUAUUGCUCAGCGGGAGAGCACCUUUUGCUGGGUCCAGCAUAUGGCCAACAGAAGCUAUGUCAGUAUCUGCAAAGUCAGCAAAUUCUGAAGGAAACUGGAUUAGGAAGCCAUUGUAUGGAUUAUUUCAAUACAAUUCCGGUAUGAUCGGACUAGAAUUAUUAGCUGAUCCCACAGACACCUGGGAAAUUAUAGAGACUAUUGGAAAAGGCACUUAUGGUAAAGUCUAUAAGGUUGCCAAUAAGAAAGAUGGGAGUCUGGCAGCAGUAAAGAUUCUCGAUCCUAUUAGUGAUGUAGAUGAAGAAAUUGAAGCAGAAUAUAAUAUUUUGCAGUUCCUUCCCAAUCAUCCUAAUGUUGUUAGAUUUUAUGGGAUGUUCUACAAAGCAGAUCAAUAUGUGGGAGGACAGCUCUGGCUAGUACUUGAGCUGUGCAAUGGAGGGUCUGUCACAGAACUUGUCAAAGGUUUGCUGAAUUGUGGCCAACAAUUGGAUGAAGCUAUGAUCUCAUACAUCUUAUAUGGUGCUCUCUUGGGCCUUCAGCAUUUACACAAUAACCGGAUCAUUCAUCGAGAUGUCAAAGGGAACAACAUUCUUCUGACAACAGAAGGUGGAGUCAAGCUCGUUGACUUUGGUGUUUCAGCCCAGCUCACCAGCACACGGCUACGUAGAAACACCUCAGUGGGAACACCCUUUUGGAUGGCUCCUGAGGUCAUUGCUUGUGAACAGCAAUAUGACUACUCAUAUGAUGCUCGAUGUGACGUAUGGUCUUUGGGAAUAACAGCUAUUGAACUCGGAGAUGGAGACCCUCCUUUGUUUGACAUGCAUCCUGUGAAAACUCUUUUUAAAAUUCCAAGAAACCCUCCUCCUACUUUGCUGCAUCCUGAAAAAUGGUGCAGAGGAUUCAACCAUUUCAUUUCACAGUGUCUUAUCAAAGAUUUCGAGAAACGUCCUACAGUUACCCACCUUUUGGAGCAUCCCUUUAUUAAACAAGUGCAUGGUAAAGAUAUGUCUCUGCAAAAACAGUUGGCUGAGCUUAUCCAAGAACAGCAGCGACUGGGCUCUGUAGCAAAAACAAGGCAUGAACGAAUACAUACCAGAAGACCCUACCAUGUGGAUGGAGCUGACAAGUACUCUCAAGAUGAUGAUCUGGUAAACCUAGAAGUUCUUGAUGAGGAUACAGUUAUCCAUCAGCUGCAGAAACGUUAUGCUGACUUACAAAUUUAUACGUAUGUUGGAGAUAUUUUGAUAGCCUUAAACCCUUUCCAGAAUCUCAGCAUUUACUCUCCACAGUUCUCUAAGCUUUACCAUGGUAUGAAGCGCUCGUCCAAUCCCCCCCACAUAUUUGCCUCUGCAGAUGCUGCCUACCAAAGUAUGGUGACAUUCAGCAAAGAUCAGUGCAUUAUCAUCAGUGGGGAAAGUGGUGCUGGAAAGACAGAAAGUGCCCAUUUGAUCGUCCAACAUUUGACCUUCUUGGGAAAGGCCAAUAAUCGUGCUUUGCGUGAGAAAAUUCUUCAGGUGAAUCCUCUGGUUGAAGCAUUUGGGAAUGCCUGCACUGCCAUCAAUGACAACUCAAGUCGCUUCGGAAAAUAUCUGGAAAUGAUGUUCACACCCACAGGAGCUGUAAUGGGGGCAAAGAUUUCUGAGUAUCUACUUGAAAAGUCAAGGGUUAUAAAACAGGCUGUGGGAGAGAAAAAUUUCCAUAUAUUUUAUUAUAUUUAUGCCGGCCUUUAUCAUCAGAAGAAACUUUCUGAAUAUAGGCUUCCUGAAAAAAAGCCUCCCAGAUAUAUUGAUAAUGAAACUGGAAGAGUAAUGCACGAUAUUGUUACUAAGGAUUCCUAUGGAAGACAAUUUGAAGCAAUUCAGCAUUGCUUUAGAAGUAUAGGAUUCACUGAUGAGGAAGUGUAUUCAGUGUACAGAAUUCUGACUGGUAUCUUAAAUACUGGAAACAUUGAGUUUGCUGCCAUUUCUUCACAACACCAAACAGAUAAAAGUGAAGUUCCAAACCCAGAAGCCUUAGAUAAUGCUGCUGCACUGCUAAGUAUUGGGUCAGAAGAACUGCAAGAGGCCCUAACCUCCCACUGUGUUGUAACACGGGGGGAGACUAUUAUCCGAACAAACACUGUGGACAAAGCAGCUGACGUGCGAGAUGCCAUGUCUAAAGCUCUUUAUGGCAGACUCUUCAGCUGGAUUGUAAAUCGCAUUAAUACGCUUCUUCAGCCAGAUAAAAAUAUAUGCAAUACUGAAAAUGGAAUGAAUGUUGGUAUACUAGAUAUAUUUGGAUUCGAGAACUUCUCAAGAAAUUCCUUUGAACAGCUGUGCAUAAAUAUUGCUAAUGAGCAGAUCCAGUUUUAUUUCAAUCAACAUAUUUUUGCACUUGAACAGAUGGAAUAUCAGAAUGAGGGAAUUGAUGCUGCUACAGUGGAGUAUGAAGACAAUCGUCCACUUCUAGAUAUGUUCCUCCAGAAACCCAUGGGUCUCCUUUCUCUACUAGAUGAAGAAAGUCGAUUUCCUCAGGCAACAGACCUAACAUUAGUUGAUAAAUUUGAAGAUAACUUGCGAUGCAAAUACUUCUGGAGACCAAAAGGAGUGGAAUUGUCAUUUGGUAUUCAGCACUAUGCUGGAAAGGUAUUAUAUGAUGCCUCUGCAUUUCUUGAGAAGAAUAGAGACACUCUUCCUGCUGACAUAGUGGUGGUGCUAAGAACAUCAGAGAACAAACUUCUUCAGCAGCUGUUUUCUAGCCCGCUAACCAAAACAGGUAACUUGGCACAGGCAAGAGCCAGAGUGACAGCAGCAUCUAGGUCUUUGCCUCCACAGCUUAGUGCUGGGCGUAUCAAGGUUGACACAAUGGAAGUUAUGCGACACCCUGAGGAAACAACUAACAUGAAGCGACAAACUAUGGCUUCCUAUUUUAGGUAUUCCCUCAUGGAUCUUCUAUCCAAAAUGGUUGUUGGACAGCCUCACUUUAUCCGCUGCAUUAAACCUAAUGAUAAUCGAGAAGCACUAACAUUUUCUCAUGAGAGAGUUCUACUGCAGCUACGAUACACUGGAAUUCUGGAAACUGUCAAAAUACGUCAAAAAGGAUAUUCUCAUCGCAUCCUUUUUGAAGAGUUUGUGAAAAGGUAUUACUACCUUGCUUUCAAGGCACAUGAGUCUCCCCUUGGCAGCAGAGAAAACUGUCUGACCAUUUUGAAGAAAGCUAAACUAGAAAACUGGAUUAUUGGAAAAACUAAGGUUUUUCUAAAGUAUUACCAUAUAGAGCAGUUAAAUUUGUUCCUGCGAGAAGUUAUAGGGAGGGUGGUGGUCAUGCAGGCUUAUAUCAAGGGAUGGCUUGGAGCAAGAAGAUACAAGAAAGCCAAAGAAAAAAGAGAAAAUAGUGCUGUUACCAUACAGUCAGCUUGGAGAGGAUAUGAAGCUCGCAGGAAGUACAAGGAAAUAAGGAACAGAAGAAAUAAUGCUGCUGUACAUAUUCAAGCAGCUUUCAGGGGAUAUAUUGUUCGCAAAAACUACCCAAGACUGAAGAAGAGCACUGGCUAUGUAGCAGAUUCUCAACGUAUGAGCAGCUGCUCUACUUCUGAUAUUGACUGUGAAGAGCACUGGCAGCAAACAAGUAACCAGUCUUCUCCUGUCGUGCCUGAUUUUCUUGACAAACAAACAAAAAAGAAGGAUUGGGAUGAGAUUGCUGCUUCUUCCUUUACUGUAAAAAAUACGUUCAAAAUGAGUGAUUCACAAUUAAUUAGCCAAUCUCAGUCAAUCACAGACCAUCAGUCAAGUCCCUUAAGACAUCCUAAAAAAGGAGGUUCAGAAAACUGUCUUGAACAGAAGCUGAGAACACCUCGUCGACGAUGUCAGCAGCCCAAAAUGCUGAAUAGCCCUGAGGACAACAUGUACUAUAACCAGUUAAAUGGAACUCUAGAAUAUCAAGGGAGCAAGAGGAAGCCAAGAAAACUUGGUGAGUGCCAUGGCCUGUGCUAACAAACCUUCCUCCUUGUGGAGGUGCAGUCCAUGCUCAUUUGGAGUGCUACAGAAUUUCUUGCAAUCCAAGUUCAUUGGAUCCAUCUUUUUGACCACAGGAUGAGGAAAAAUGGCAUAGGAAACAAGAGGCAAAUAUGGCCGGAGCAUUCCUAGGCUAGAAUAGGGUUUAAAGGUAGAUAGUUCAGCAUAAGUUUUGUCUCAUCGAAUAAACCCAGUAGUGAAGUCAGGACAGGGCAGAUGAGAACAAGAGGACUCUGUUGUUCCAAGGACAAGCUUUCAUUCACUUUUCUCUCACAGCGUGACAAUAGUUGCAAGAGGCAACAGUCCUUUAGUUCACUCCUUACUCUCUUCUGCUGUACAUCCGGGUGUGGGCUUUAGAGCCUUUAAAACUUAAGGACUCAUUAAAUUGGUGAGUAGCUGCAGAUGUAGAUUAGAAGAUGCACUACAACCAUGAAUGGCAGUUAAUAUGAAUUCAUACAUAAAGGUCAGUUUUCUUUACUUUUUGUCAGAAUAUAACAAGAAGUAUUUGUUAUGAUCCCUCAUCAAAAAUAACAUCUUUUCCUACAUAAUGCAUACAUUCUCCAGGCCCAUUAAUCUGCAACUUAUCUAGAUGGAAAAUGACUUUUUUUUGAAAACAGUUCAAUAACUAAACUAUGUUCUUAUAUUGGCAUAGGUCUUAGGGAGCUCUAGCAGUGUUGGUGCUUUGUGGUUUCAUCUCUCCUUUCUGAUAACAAAGUUUCACUGGGAAAAUAAUGUUUUAUUUUAGUUCAGUGCACAUCAUUAUUAUGUAUAGUGAGAGUUUAUCAAUUGUUUCAGUUAAACAGAAGCAAGCCUUCCAGUUAGAUAUUACAUCAUGUGUCUAUUAACCAAAAGCUUGUCUUACACUGAGUAAUGCAUUAUGAGGAGCAGUUGUAUUAAUUUCAUAAGGAAGUAAAGAGAAGUAAAAAAAAAAUUAUAAUUCAGAAAAGCACUUAAGCUGAAACCCAAGUCCUGCUGAAACCAAUGAAAUUUCAGGUUAUGAUUAAGUGCUUUGCUGAAUGGGCCAAGUUCACAGCUUCAGAAUAUUAAAUAACAAGCACAAACAAAAGGCAAAUGCUCUCUAGAUGCAUUCCUUAGGUUCUUCUGUUUCUUCUUCCCUAUUAUUGAGUUUGCAUCAAUCUUAGUCAUCAGAAACGGACUUCAAAAGAUCUUAUGUCAUAUUUUGAGCACUCUUGAAUUGCAUGGAAAGGGUAAAAUAUAACAUUUUCCUUGUCAUAUGAAAUGCCACUAUCUACAUCUGAUAUAACUUUUCAUAUUGGUUUAAUGUCACUAAUAUUUUUAUUUGAAGUUACUAUCUGAGAACCACUGCGGAGCUAUGCGUUCUGAGUCAGAACUGUGCAUGAAGCUGGUCUGUGCUUGGCUUUAUUUCAUAACUCACCCCUUUCUUCAUAUGCUGUUUGGCUGACUCACUUCAUACUCACCACGUAACACUCUUGAGGUGGGUUUUCUUCAUCUUUACUUUAGUACACAUGUAUCCCUUUAGAUUAUUAAGGGCCAUCUCAACAUUGUGCUGCUGGUGACGAGUUGGCAGAACAGAUUUUCACAGUUAAAUGUGCAAAAAAAAAAAAAAAGAAUUUUAAAAAAUAUAGUUCUGAAAAUAUAUGAGAUGGGAUACAAACACAGAUGCAUAAUGUGCCCCAAGAAAUAGGGAGAAGCAGUGCAAGAGACAUGUCAGUCUGAUGGUCACAGUCAGUGAGCACGUCAGCACAAACUGCUCAGAUUUUCUCAAUUGGUUUAUUAUUUAUUAUUACAUUCUGAUUUAUUUUCUUUCACGUAUAUUGUCCUGAAAUAUUAAUGUGUUUUGCUUAAUAGUUCAUAACAUCCUGUUCUUAAUAUUUUAUAAAAGACUUUGAAUCCUGUUAUGAAAAAGAAAAUUUCAUAGACCGUGUCUGUAAUACAUUUAACACAUUUCAGUGAAUGAGAGAGUAAAGAGUGACGACCAACAAGAGAUUUUAGUAGAUCCUUCCGCAGACCCUAAUGGCACUAGCAGCCAGUUCUGCCUUCCAGCUCUGGCAGCAUGAAAACUCUCUGUGCCAACACACAUUGGGCAGGGAGCUUUUGGAGAUCAGUCCCUUUCAUUUGGUAAUUUUAAACUUGCUUCUCACUUAAACAUUUACAUCACUUCAGUAACAUAAAGGGACCUUAGAAUAGGAGUAAAUUGCAGCCCUCUUAAAUUUGCCCCCACUGUGACCUCCCUCACCCAUAUGCCAUGAGAGUGGUGGAAAGGGCUUUUGUGUACUGAGGAUCUUUUCAGUAGUCCCCAUCGCACCAUCUGAGGAGCAAAUACUUAGAAGCUUAUAAAAUAUACAUCUAUAUAAUGUAAAAGUAGAAACUUUGCUGAGACCAGUCAGACCAAAAGCUGAUGUUCCUUUUGGUGGCAAUGACCACAUUUUUUAAGCAGUAGAUACUUUUCCCCCAGUACUGAACAGCUACUGAUUGUCUUGUGUUAUUUACUGUAGUUGCAUAAUGCUUUUAGAAAUGUAUUCUCACGUAAUAUUUUGUUCUAUAUUAUAUAACUGUGUUUGUACUUCCAAGUAAUUAUCCCAUCAUCUUUUAAUUCCACCGAGUUCCUAACUUCUGGUAUGUUGUGGUUAUGAGAACUGUGCAUGGCACAUGCAAACAAAGUGGAUUUUUUUGUUUGCGGUUUAAAGAGAAUGAAUUUAUUUAAACAUGGUCCUUUCUAAUGGAAUAGGGUGCCUUCUAACAGCAUUGUCAGCAAGUAAGAAGGAGCUACCAGUUAUUUUCUUCACACUACUUUUUACACACCUCUGGUGCACUUCUCAUUCCAUAUAAAUGGCUACAGACCAUAAGGAUUUGUAAGAAGUCUCUUCGUGUUGCUAUUUUCCAUACUUAAGUCUCUUCAACUUUUACUGCAUCUUAUUUAACAGUAGUCUUAACUGAAUGAUUUCUAACCUUUGUUGGUAUAACCAACAUCCAUUACAGUGAUAGAAAAUGUUUUUAUUUACUUACAUAUUCUAUUCUGUUUAAAAACAGACACAGAUUUAAAUGUAGACAAUAUUAAAAAUUAAAAGUAGAGGAAAUGUAGCGUCUAUAGAUCCAGCAGUCUUAUUCAAUAUUGAACUCAGUAAACUGUAGGAAAUCAAGGUGUUUCAUACCUGGUAAUGCGGCUGUCUCUGAUGGAGCAAUAUAUGCAAUACAUGCCCAGUUCCCACAGCAUUAAUGCUCAGUGCUCUCAUUUCAGUAUCUGUUGAUCUUUACCUGGUUUCACAUGUAUGAGAACAGAUGAUCAAUUCUCACAUUUUAGAGCUCAAGUCCAUAACUGUAAGUAGAAAUUCACAAGUUUCUUUUUCAGCAAAAAUGAAGAAGAAGUACACAGUUACGCAAAAAGAUAUUUGACAUUAUGGACAGGGAGUAAGAAGGUAAUUUUGUAGUGGAAGCAAAGGACUGGAAGUCAAGGUAUCUGAGUGGUACAAGUUGCUAUUUUAUAUCAGAUUUGCAUUUAUGUAAAAUCAGAUUUAAGCCCCAAGCUUAAAUGUUGCCUUUUUUGUUUGUUUGCUUGUGUUUAAGGUUAUAUUUGAAUACUUAGUUCCUUUCUCUUAAAAGAAUUGAACAUGCACAGAGAUGUUGCUUUUGUACUGUAAAAGAGUUAGCAA